AUGUGGCUGAUUUCCCUGGUGGUCUUCUCCUUUAUUGUGUUCACAACUCAGGGGCCACAAUCCUCAGCACCUGUAGUGGACACUGAAUAUGGGAAAGUCCAAGGCAAACAAGUGAUUCUACAAGAAUUAGGCAAAUCUGCCAAUGUUUUCCUGGGACUCCCCUUUGCCAAAGCCCCUCUUGGACCCCUGAGGUUUGCUCCACCACAGCCCCCUGAACCCUGGAACUAUGUGAAGAGCACUACUACAUACCCACCCAGGUGUGCCCAGAAUCCACUUGAAGGGGAUGUUAUAGCCAAACUUUCUGGAGAUCAAAUCGGAAUUUCCUUGAAAAAUUCUGAAGACUGUUUGUACCUGAACAUUUACACUUCAGCUGACCUGGCAACAAAGACUAAGUUACCUGUAAAGAGUGAUGGUCAUGGAGGGGGUUUUUCAGUGGGUGAAGCUUCAACUCUCAAUGGAAUAUACCUCUCAGCUCUUGAGAAUGUUGUGGUGGUGGCCAUUCAGUACCGUCUGGGAAUCUUUGGAUUCUUUAGCACUGGAGAUGAACAUGCCCGAGAGAACUGGGGUUACUUAGACCAAGUGGCUGCACUCCAGUGGGUCCAGAAGAACAUUGGUAACUUUGGAGGAGACCCAAACUUGGUGACCAUCUUUGGUGUGUCAGCAGGAGGUAUCAGUGUUUCAGCACAGGUUCUUUCUCCUUUGACCAGGAACCUCUUCCAUAGAGCCAUUUCCCAGAGUGGAGUUGCCCUUAUGGAAUCUAUAUUCAGUGCUAACAUCACAUCAAUUGCUGAGAAAACUGCAGCUUUUGCUGGAUGUAAGACAACCACGUCAGCCAGUAUGGUUCACUGUAUGCGGCAGAAGACAGAAGAAGAGAUCCUGAACACAGCUCAAAAAAUGGGAACUAUUUGGUUGGAUUUCCUGGGAGACCCCACACAGAAAAUUAUUUUGCUACCUGGAGUUGUGGAUGGAAUAUUUUUCCCCAAAAGUCCCAAAGAGCUCCUCAUUGAAAAGCAGUUCAAUCAUAUUCCUUAUAUUGUGGGAAUCAACAGUGAUGAAUUUGACUGGAUUCUUCCAACUCUAAUGGGAUAUCCUCUAUCAGGAGACAGACUGGACCAAGAAACAGCAGCAGCUCUAUUGUGGGGUUCCUACCCACUUGUUGAAAUCCCCAAAGACCUUACUCCUGUGAUAACUGAGGAGUAUCUUGGAAUGACAGAAGAUCCUGUCAAAAAGAAAGGCCUAUUUCUGAACAUGAUAGGAGACUUGAUGUUUGGGAUUCCAUCUAUAAGAGCGGCUCGACUUCACAGAACUUCAGGUGCACCUACCUACAUGUAUCAAUUGCAGCACCGCCCACACUUUUGGGGAAACCUGAAACCAGCAACAAUAAAAGCAGACCACAGGGAUGAAUUUUUCUUUGUCUUUGGGAUUCCAUUGUUAAGUGAGGGUUCUCCAGAAGAGGACAAGCAAAUUAGCAGGACAAUGAUGAAAUAUUGGGCCAACUUUGCUCGGAAUGGAAAUCCCAAUGGUGAAGGCCUUCCAAAGUGGCCUGUAUAUGAUCAGAAUGAAGAAUACCUUCAAAUUGACAUCCCCAUGAAGACAGGUAAAAAGUUAAAAGACAAAGAAGUAGCAUUUUGGACGAAACUCUUUACAGAGAAGCCAGUUGGAGUGAAGAGAGAUAUUACAGACCUAUAA